GGGUAAUUUUAGUUGUCUUCCUAUAUGUGUCAUAAAUAGGAGCCUACCGUGUGUUUCAUAGUUGUGUCGGACUGCUUGAUCCCUGGAUAAAGUAUUCUUGUUUGUGGAAACAGCAAAGCUUAGCUGCUGAAGUUGAAGAUCAUGUCCACGCAAACAAGAGUGCUCCCACAAAGCAAGGAGACACUGCUUCAGUCUUACAACAAGAGGCUUAAAGAUGACAUCAGGUCCAUUCUGGAUAAUUUCACAGAGAUUAUCAAAACUGCAAAGGUGGAGGAUGAAACCCAGGUUUCCCGGGCAACGCAGGGAGAGCAGGACCAUUAUGAGAUGCAUGUUAGAGCAGCCAACAUCGUACGUGCAGGAGAGUCCUUGAUGAAACUGGUGUCGGAUCUCAAGCAGUUCUUGAUUCUGAACGACUUCCCAUCUGUGAACGAGGCCAUUAGCCUGCGAAACCAACAGCUGCGCACCCUGCAGGAGGAAUGUGAUAAGAAACUGACUUCUCUGCGUGAUGAGAUUGCAAUUGACCUGUACGAGCUAGAGGAAGAAUAUUACUCCUCCAGGUACAAGUAGGCUCACAGACAGAGCCAUACUUAGCCACCUUGUGCCUUUUAUUUUUUUUUUAAAUACUGAACCCAUUUUUUUAUUUUUUUGGAAGGAAAUUUACAGUGUCAGGGCUAUUACAGAACAUUAGUGUUUCUGAGAGUAGAGGAUUGUAAGCAUAUCAUAACUAGUAAACACAAAUCACCCUCUUAGACAGGGAAGAGACCAAACCUGAAUAUCAUUGAAUAAAACUAGAUUAAUUUGUUACUUAUUAUGAACUGUAAACAUAAUUGAUUGAGGUAAUACCAUGUCACUUUUGGUGCUUUGUAUCAUUUAACGUGAAUUACAACAAAAUGGGCAACCAGCAACUAGGUAAAUGAAGCAAAAAGUCUAGUAUUUUUGGGAGAGAAAUGUCUAAGGCCCAAAAGUUCAAUUUUGUGGUGAAACUGAAUAUUAUGUGCCUUUUUCACAAAACUGAGCAGAUUGCUUUUUGAAGGAACAUGUUCUUCGGUUUGUAUCUGUUUUAGUAAUUAUAAGUGCAUUGUUUUAUAUUGGAGCUCUUACUAUAUUUAUGCAUGCAGUUUCUCCUAGCAGUGAAAAAUAUAUCCCUUACGAAUGAUUUCUUAAUUUUUGUUUCACAGUACAAGGCCAACAGCCAUACCCGGAAACUGAUUUGUGAAGUUUCAGUUUAAAACUGAUACGUUAUGUCCUUUUUAAUAAUAUUGCUUAGGCUAUCUGUCAGACAUCGAAGUGAAAACUAUGAAUGUUAUCUUUGUAUAACAUAUUGCACUUUUGAAAUAAAAAUAGAUAUAGCA